AUGCCACCACAUUCAAAAGAAUUAUUUGAAGAAGGUGCUGCUGUCAAAUCAUUUAAACUCGUUUCAAAGGGAACAUUUGAUAUGGAUGGUCUUACCAAUAUUUUAUUGCACGAACCUGCUCGAUAUCCAAAAUGUUCUGGGACAAGAUGUCUCCGUGAUAACAUUUCAGAUAUUAAAGCUCAAGUAGCCGCAAACCACAAAGGCAUUAAUCUUGUGAAAACAUUAAUUCAAGAAUAUGGUUUGGAUGUGGUUCAAGCUUAUAUGAUAUAUAUUAGAAAGAAUGCCGAAUUAUCAGUUAGGAACCUCUUGAAAAACAUAAGUCAUCGAUUAGGACAUAAUAUUUUAAAGGCGACCGAUUACAUGGAUGAUGGAACACCUAUUGAAUUACAAAUAGAGAUUGAUGAGAAAGAGGGG